AUGGGCGGACUGACCAUUUGGAAACUGGGGCACUGCCCAAGGGCCCAGGGUCAGUAGGGGGCCCCAUGAGAUGCCCCUGGUACCUUUUUCAUAGGCUUUUUUGAGUUUGGGCAAAGACACAGGGGCCCCAUUAUCCCCUAUUGCCCGGGGGCCCCAUGAGUUGUCAGUCUGCCCCUGGAUACUGCCUAUCAGUGCCCUUUAGUGCUGCCUAUCAGUGCCCAUCAGUGCCGCCUAUCAGUGCCCAUCAGUGCUGCCUCAUCAACGCACAU